AUGUCUGUCCGCUUCGUCAGUGUUCCUGUCGUCAUCGACUGCACUGUAUUCAUUGACAAUGGCAGCGAGCUUCAGCAUCCACAGAGCCGCACAGGAAGCCCGGUCUCAUCCGCUCUCUUCUAUCCGAGGACCCGAGACUCAUUAAUCAGAAAGAUGACCUUACAGCAGGAUGGACGCACGCCCCUGCACUGGGCCGCGGGCGCCGACAACCUGAGUGUCCUGCAGCUGUUGCUCUCAUACCAGCCUGACCUCGAGGCCAGCGAUGCGAUGGGAUGGACGCCGCUGCUGGUUGCUGCCUCCUCCGGACACAAGCAGAAUGUUGCCGAGCUGCUUGACGUAGGCGCGAAGCUUGACGCCGUGAACGACAAGGGACAGGGUGCGCUGCACUACGCUGCGUCCAAAGGAAAUGUGCCGAUCAACAUCAAAGACCGCGCUUCCCAGCACCCUCUGCACCGUGCCGCAACAACGGGCAACGUCGCAAUGCUGAACGUCCUCCUCAACCCGCCAGAGGGUCGGCCGCGCACGAGGCUCAACACCUCUGACCGGGCGGGCAACACGCCUCUGCACCUGGCCAUGGAGAGCGGACACGGCGAGGCUGCUGUCGUACUCAUCGAGGCGGGCGCUGAUCGCGAGAGGCACAAUGCCGACAGCCAGUACCCCGAAGACAUCGAUGGCGUCGGCGGCGAGGAGCAGAAGCGCGUGCGACAGUACGUCCUGUCGCGAUGCGGACCUCGAGACGACUAA